AUGAUAUUAACACAAUCUAAAGAGCAAGGGGAGUUUCCAAAGUAAUCAAACCCGUCCAACUUUCUCAUUUACAGCUAUAGACCACUGAAAAUGGAUCCUAUUAGGGCUGCUGCUCCUUUGCUAUGGUUUUCCCUGUGCUUUGGGAAUAUUAUGGAGACAGCGGUACUUGGAUCAUUGCAGUACCCCUCUAGCGCAGAUGAUAACGGGCAUGUUUCACAUCUGGAUGAGCAGAGUCGGAGAAAGCCGACCGCGGUGUCCAGGAAAGACCCUCCGAUAAAUGAUACUAUCGUCCCCCAUGACUAUAUGGUAUCACUAUACAGGACACUCUCUGAAAUAGAGAGAAGAGGUCUUAACAGCAGUGUUCCUCGCUCCGCAAGACACGCCAACACGGUGACCAGUUUCGUGGAUCAAGGAAAAGAUCCCUCCUCCUGGGGAAGUGGCCAGCGCUAUCUCUUCGACCUCUCCAGCCUGUCCAGGACAGAUGAGAUCGUGGAGGCAGAACUGAGGAUCCUGAGAAAGCCACCGCUGGAUCGCCUCCCUAUGCUGACAUGGGGCAGGAACCUUUAUCGCCUCCUCCUCUACACAUGUUCCUCUAAGGGGAACUCUGGGAGACGGCUGCUGGACUCCAGGACAGUCGACGUUCUGGACCGCGAGCCUCCGAAAUGGGAUGUCUUUGACGUGUGGGCCAGCGUGAAAGCUCGGUGGAGGAGCCACAGGACAGCAGCGGGCAAUGACCUCCUCGUGGCCUGCUUUGACCUGCUGGUUGUUUCAGAGUUGACCAAAGAGGCAUCCAACCCUCUUACAGUAGGGCUGGGACGCCGGUCUCGGCAGCCCCAGGAGAGGGCCUUGCUGGUGGCUUUUUCUCGCACCCGCAGGAAAGAGAACCUGUUCAAGGAGAUCAGGGAGCAGAUGAAGGCAGUGCGAAGAGACUUGGGUUUUCUGGACCCUUCGGACCUCUCUGGUGACGUGAUUGGUCACCUACCCAGGCGACGCCAACGCCGGACUGCCCUCACCGGCCGAUCUAUAGGCGGAGCUGGUGGGGGAGGAGGGGGAGGUGGUGUUGGAGGAGGAGGAGGAAGGGGCGUUGGAGGCGGGGGGCGCAGGAAGACUCGCUGCAGCCGUAGGCCGCUCCAUGUCAACUUCAAGGAGUUGGGCUGGGACGACUGGAUCAUCGCACCGCUGGAUUAUGAGGCGCACCACUGUGAGGGCGUGUGCGACUUUCCGCUGCGCUCACACCUGGAGCCUACGAAUCAUGCCAUCAUUCAGACACUUAUGAAUUCUAUGGACCCUGAAUCCAGCCCGCCCAGCUGCUGUGUCCCCUCCAAACUCAGCCCCAUCAGCAUCCUCUACAUUGACUCUGGCAACAAUGUGGUCUACAAGCAGUAUGAGGACAUGGUGGUGGAGAGCUGUGGCUGCAGGUAGCAUGGCAACAGAUAGGGGUGGUGGUGCAAGUCUUGCGUGGCGCUAGUCUCGUCAUUCUGGAAUUUUGGACUGGUGCUUGCAAAGAGCGGAGUCUGAUUGUUUUGUGGGAAAAUACGUUGGUGGUUUAAAGCGCUUCUUAACACUCGCCUCCCCCUAUCUCUUCCCCCUAAACCAGCUGUAUUUUGUGAUUUGUUGAAAAAAGUACAGACAAGUAUGCUCAUUACUGAUCUGCCUCUGCUUAAGGGGAACAUAAUAUUAUUUGCUGCUUAAUUUAUGAAAAACGUGUCAUUGAGCUGCCAUUUUAUUUCUUGAGCUCUUUAGCAUUUUUUUUUACUCAUAACAUGCUCUGGCUCUCUCUAGUAUCUCUCUCUCUCGGUCCCCAUGGCUCUGCAUGUUGUUCGAUGCUGUCAACUUCAGUAAAUGUCUGCUAUGCUUCUGACUUUGGUUCUAGAACACUGCUUUAGUAGUGUAUAAAACAUCAGCCCUAGCUUUGAAUUUACUGAGCAGCAGACAGAAUUUGUUGGGAUGAAUAACAAGCCCAGAUUUAUAGCGUUAUGAUAACAGUGUUAGAGUACAUUUGUGUGCCUAUAUGGAAAACUCAAAAUAACAUUAAGUCAAUUAUAACAUCUCACAAGACAUCUGUCCAAUAAACUGCUCCCAUUGUGCUUGCUCUUACCAAAAAACAAAAUUUCAAAUGUAUGGGAGGACACAAUCAAAAAGGACUUUUGUAUAUUGCAGUUUGCAAUUGCAGCACAUAGCCUACACACUUCUUACUUAAGACACUACCGUCAUCUCUUGGACAUGGUUAAAAUAUAGUUUUUUAGAUAAAUGCUGCGCUCGGUGUUGUGAGAAACCUGGAUAUUAUUAUUAAUCUUUUCAGCAGGACAGAGAACGUCACCCAUUUUCUGGAGUUAUCAAAUCAAAUCAAAUGUAUUUAUAUAGCCCUUCUUACAUCAGCUGAUAUCUCAAAGUGCUGUACAGAAACCCAGCCUAAGACCACAAACAGCAAGCAAUGCAGGUAUAGAAGCACAGUGGCUAGGAAAAACUCCCUAGAAAAGCCAAAACCUAGGAAGAAACCUAGAGAGGAACCAGGCUAUGAGGGGUGGCCAGUCCUCUUCUGACUGUGCCGGGUGGAGGUUAUAACAGAACAUGGCCAAGAUGUUCAAAUGUUCAUAAAUGACCAGCAUGGUCAAAUAAUAAUCACAGCAGUUGUCGAGGGUGCAACAGGUCAGCACCUCAGGAGUAAAUGUCAGUUGGCUUUUCAUAGCCGAUCAUUGAGAGUAUCUCUACCGCUCCUGCUGUCUCUAGAGAGUUGAAACAGCUAACAGAUAAGCUAACAGUUAUCUGCUGUAGAAAACCUCUGUCUAUCAGCCGAAGGAACAGUGAUCUUUAGUUAGGGGUAUGGUAAGGGUCCCAUUUACACAGCUAACUUCCAUCAGUAGUUGUGUGUCACCAUGCAUUUGCUUAUAUGCACUCUAUGUCAUUACAUAGAUCAUUAUUAUGCAAAGAUCCAAGGUAUAUGAUAUGGAAUAUUUAACAGGUGACAUGGAGAAUUUGAAAUAUAUUUUUAUGGCACGAAGACUGAUUUAUUAUUUCUUGCAACUGAGAAAAGUUAGAUUUUGUCAGGGCAGGCUAUGUACUACCGCUGGUAAUGUAUAUGACUUAAACAAGCAGAUCCCAUGAUCACUUGAGAUUGAAAUGGCGAUUCAACUCCCUGUAAACAGCACAGACAAAAUAGGCUAUAAUGUCCAUAGGAAUUCCUUGUUAAUCAGUGAAAUGGAAUAUUGAAAUUCACUUUUUAGCACUUCAGGUACUGAAUUAUAAGAGCACAUGAUUUUGCAAAAUAAUAUUGAUCAAACAGAUACGUGUGUUGGUCUUUGGAUGUAAUUUUCACUUAUUGAGUUUUAUUUUUCAGUUCACUCUACUUGCAUAUUAGCCUGGUGGUCCAGAUAUGUUUGUGCUUUAGCCAACUCUUCGCUGCCGUGUUUGUUCAUUGUCAUUCCAAACGUAGGUAUCACGGCAAGACGUAAGUUAACACCUGCUUUUCCAACGUGGUAAUUACGAGUAAACUCCCCACUGUAUAAUAUUUCACAAAUCCCAGAUGAAUCACAUUAACACAAGGUAAAUAAAUAUGCACAUUCAAGACAUAGGAAACAAAACUACUUGCAAUGAGUAAACUAGGCACAGGUCAUAUGUGAUGUCCCCAAGAGAGAACUGUUGGACAGAUGUUUCAUAGUAUUGGUAAAAGCCUUUUGCUUUAAACUCUCUCGUGAACGCUUUGGUUGCAACGCUGUUUGUGGUAACGUCAUAUCACUGAGUCUCAGUUUAAAUUGAAUUAUAUUUCCUGUCAUUCCACGUUAAACUCAAUUUCUUGAAUUUAAUUUGAGAUUAGCGAACCCUUCUACAUGACCCUAGCCUGGUGUAUUGAGAUCUAUAGAUUAUUUUCUUGAAGUAGAUAUAUUUCCAUCUUUUUGCACAAACGGCAAAAUAGGUGAUACUUUGACUAAAGACUGCAUUUCUAUGUAUGGGGAGUAUUUGUACUGAUAUACAAUAUGUGAGUCAAACGUAAUGUACUAAUAUCAAAUUUGAGCGUUUGCUGCUUUUGUUUGAAAUUAUGUUUGUUAAAAUAUUUCAUUUACUUUCUAACCAAAAUCCAAAGCAGCUUUCUUGUAUUUUGUUCUACAUUUUUUCAUCCAAACCAGAGAUUGUUUAUUUUUUAUGGUUUUCUUUCACGAUUAUGUUCAACCGAUUUGGUUCUUUAUGAAUUAAACAAAUCCAUCUAAAAUGACUAUAUUGGCAUUUUGAACUAAGGACUAUGCUCAAAAACAAACCGACCGCAAGAAAAUCUCUGCUUGUGGUUUAUUUUCAAACAGCAGAGGAAAUUCAGUGGCACAAUCUCCAGGAGGUAGAUAAUACAGCUCCCCCAACAUAAUUGAUAUCACCUAACAGACAUUGAACAAUAGCAAAGUUUCCAUCAAUUUGCCAUAAUUUCUAUAAAUGUUUAAUACAAUUCAAACAUUAGUCAAAUAAAAAGGGUGCGUAAGGAUAUAACUUCCUGUAAACUCCCCUAUUGUACACAUUUUCUAAGUAAAGUGGUUACUAUUUUCGCUGAUAGUCACAGUUCGCAUUUUCAAAAAAUAGUUACUCUCCUUUUUGAAGAUAGUUUCAACUGCAGUGACAUUCUGCUCAGUGGAAAACAGUUACCAUAGAAGCUUCUUGAUUAGCAUGUAUACACUUGAUCUAAAUUACAUAAAUAUGGCAAAGGAUAAUUAAACAAAAGUGUCAGGCAGAAAAUAAAUCCCAAAAGCUAAUGUGGUCCAGAGAGUAGCUCCUCUGGUAUGCUGUGCCUUGAUAUCAGAAACAUUUCUAUGUGUCUGCUUUGCUUGUAUCCAUGUCCUAUUACAACUACUUUGUACAAUUGCUUUUUUCUGUUUCUUUGUGAAUCAUCAUGCCAAACACAUUUUCAUAAAAAUGUCAGGACAAGGCAGUGAUUGGAUUGUUCCAUACUUCAUUGCAUGUUUACUUCAGCAAGCUUGUCUUAGCACGUCCACUGUCUUGAAAUAGUAUUCACACCCUGCACAGUUGUCACAUAUAGCUGCACAUUUUGUGACUGUGACUAAACUUAAAUCUGCUUGAAAAUCUGUGGCUGUAAAUCAAUGAUCACCAUUCAACUUGACAAAGAUUGAGCAAUUUUGCCAAGAACAAUUGACACAUGUUGGGAUGUGCUUUGAGUGUGUGGAGUGUUGUGGAAAUCUUUGGGGAAAAAUGCCUCAAAAUCACAGACUCUAAGCCUAAGGCAAAAAAAGGUGAAAGCUGUGCAAUGGUUAGGAUGGAUGUUGUUUCCAGACUCAUGGAGGCUUCAUCAGUACAACGUGUUGCUGUGAAUGUAUGACUGCAUUCUGUCUCGAGAUCUGCAUGCUUAAUUCUAAUUUAACCAUAUUAUCAGUUGCAGCUUGAUCUAGCAAUGUUAGAUAGAGUUAGUAUCUGUUAACACUGACAUCUUUUUUUUGUAAGCACAUUUAUUCGUUAUUGAAGUGAGAUUCUGAUAUGAAAUUCCCAGUACUUAACAUCUAUGCAAUGUGUAUUUCCCCAUCAUUUUGCUCCUACCUAUUCAAAUAUGCAGUCUUCCCCAUUCUUUGAAAGGGAAAUUCGGAAAAAGGUAGCCUUUCCCUUUCUUUCCCCUCCUUUUUUGAACAAGAGAGCAUUUGCUUUCUGGCAAAAACCCAUAUGAAGUUCACAAACACAAAUUGUAUGAAAGACAUGUAUGAGGAUUAUAGUACAAGUAAAAGCUAUUUUGUUGAGAAGGGAAAUGUUUGAGAUUUAACCGUUAGUUCUACAUGUGUUCAUGUAAAGUGCACUGUGUGUAUGUAUGUAUUCUAUGGGUUAUAAAGGUCUGUAAAUAUUGUCAUUGUAAAUUAACUGUAAACAGCUCUUUUCUCUUUUGGAAAUAUCUUAUAGUAGUAUAUAUUUGAAAAAUAAUAUGUAAGCACACUUUAUCCUCAUUUUCUGUUCACCUGUUUUUUUGUACAGAUUAUUUUAUUAAAUAUUGUAUUGAUGAUAAUAAUAAUAUGUAUAAUCUUCCUGUCCUCCUGACUGUAAGUGCCAUUGAGAGCCUUCGUAAUACUGGUAAGAGCAAAACUGUGAUAACCACAGUCUUCCCUGUAUGGCACUAGCUAGAUUUGAAACAUAGACAUCAAUGGAGACAGGAGCUUUUGACCUUGGGACAAAAAUAAACAAUAGUUGAU